AUGGCUAUGUCAAUAGUCUUCGUCGGGCUGCACCCGAUUGUGGUUGUGCUUGCCUGUGCACUCAUUUCCCUGGCUACAGUUCUAAUCCAUCGAGUAUUCUUCGCCUCAUUAUCGAGAAUUCCUGGGCCGAAGAUCACCGCCUUGACUCAGCUAUGGAUUAUGUACCACGAAUUCAAGGGUGACAGAACAAUCCAGAUCGAUAAACUCCAUUCCCGCUAUGGGCCGGUGGUGCGAGUUUCGCCAGUGGAAGUCUCGUUCAACAACUACGAGAGUUUGAGAGAAAUUUAUGGCAUCAAGUCAACCUUUUCAAAAAGCUCGUUCUACGACCUAUUCGUGUACUACAAUACGCGGAACACCUUCACAAGUCUAGACAAGCCAAAUCACUCGGCCAAAAAGAGACUGGUCGCUGAUCGAUAUACCAAGAGUUACGUGAUGCAGCCCUCUGUCGCGGACAAAGUACGUGGGCAUGCUUCGGCGUUCAUGAAGCAAGUCUCGAGCCAAGGACCCGUCCUCGAUGUUUACACCUGGUUACACUAUUACGCACUUGACUCCAUCACAAACCAUCUGUAUGGGAUUUAUGGCACACAAACUUUGUCGGCACCCGAACACAGAGGAAUCGUUUACGAUCUCUCAGGAGUUAAACACCGUGCACGAUUGUACAUGCUACACUACUUCGGCUGGGCCAUGUCGCUCAAAACGCAACUGGUAUCCAUUAUGCGCAAGAUUAGCGGCCAAAGCACGGCGUUUCAUGUCCGCGGCAACCGACUGAACGACUAUGGCGAGGUCAGCGUUUCGUCUUUCCGUCGUGACCAGACCACUAAAGACACCAUCUCGACAUGCUCUAAACUCUUCAAUCAGAUCCCCAACAACGAGCCCGCUAUCGCUGCUGAAUGUAUGGAUCACCUUGUUGCGGGCGUCGACACGACCGGUGAUGCGAUGUGCAUCUUGAUGUGGCGGAUAUCGACGCCGGAGUAUACACACGUACAAGACAUGCUCUUUCAAGAACUUUCGAGUAUCAAAGACGCCUUCGAUCCGUUGACACGUACGGCUCCAAUUACAGCCCUCGACAAACUCCCAUAUCUCGACGCCGUGAUCCAUGAGGCUAUGCGCUGGCGUCCACCGGUGCCCAUGACGCUCUUUCGCAUUGUGCCUCCCACUGGCGCCGUCAUCUCAGACCAUGUCAUCCCUGGCGGGACCACGGUCGGAUGUCAGGCCUACAGCUUGCACCGUGUCGAAGAGGUCUUCCCAAAUCCGGACCUGUUCGACCCCACAAGGUGGCUGACAGAGGACGCUGCACAUCUGACGGCUAUGCGUAACCACUUCUGGCCCUUUAGCUCUGGAGGCCGCAUGUGCUUGGGCCACAAUCUAGCCAUGGUCGAGAUGAAACUGAUCGUCGCCGCCGUCUAUAUGCAUUACAAGACCCGGGUCACGCCUGGAGUCACUGAGGAGAGUAUGCGCAUGGACGACCAAUUGACAAGUGGGGUACCGCAUGCGCUGAGCUGUUCGUUGGAUUUCGUUGCACGGUGA